ACAGAGCAAACAGCCCACAGCAGUGUCUCUCACUCCACUGUUGACAGUCAUUUAAAACUGGUGUUUUAAAUGAAACAGACCAGAGCAGAGGCUCGACAUAGAGAGGAACCAUGUUUGAAAACUUCAGAGAAAGACUUCACAUGGUCCAACAGGAUUUCACAACCGGCUUAAAGUCCCUUGGAGACAAAUCAAGAGACACCAAAAUAAAGAGGAGACCCAGGUUUGAAGAAACCCUUCCUCAUUUCAGUGCCGGACUGGAAAUCCUCAGCAGGUAUGAGGAGAACUGGUUUCUGCUCCACAAAAGAACUAAAGACUGUGCACAGGCUGCAGAGGCGGUAGACGGGGACAUAGUGAUGCUCUCUGCACACUGGGAGAGAAGAAGAACGGCUCUGACACAGUUACAGGAACAGCUGCAAAGCUUGCCGACCUUCAUCAGUGAGCUUGAUGCCAUCACUGCUAACAUAGCUCAUUUGGAAGGUGACUUUGAGGAGAUGGAGAGCAGACUGAUACAUCUGGAGACUCUGUGUUGUCAGUGUGAACAACAGACAGUCAAACAACAUCAUAUCAACCAACUGGAAGCAUAUAAGAAGAAGAAGAGGAAGGAGUUGGAGGCACUGGAAGCGGAGCUGAGUUCUGAGCAUGCUCAGAAGGUGGCAGAGCUGGAGCAGACCAUGCAGCACAAACUGAGAGAACGACAGAAAGUCUAUGAAGAAGCCUUUAACCAAGACAUGGAGCAAUACCUGUCCACGGGAUACCUGCAGCAUAGAGAGCCAGCAGGAGCUGAUGUGUGUGCUCUGGAUCAGAUGACAGUAACUAACAUAUCAGACCAGGAGGCUUUGGAUGACUUCCUGAACUCCACUGGUGAUGACAUCAGUACUGGAUCCUCACUGACCUCAGGUCCAGACCUCGAGUCCUGCUCUUCUGAAUCUUCGAGAAGCCAAAUGAACCAAGCCACUCCCACAAACAACCAAUCAUCCAACCAGGACGCUGUAUGGGAAGAGGAAGUGGCCAGUGGGGAGAGUGAUGAACCUCUGGUGCAGUCAGACGAGGAGGACGUUCAGCUGGAUAUGUCACUGGUUGGCCUGCAGGAUGUUGGCACAGUAAAGGGCUCUGAUGACAGUGACUCUGCAGGGGACCUGCCCUCUUAGCAACUGGGCCCUUGACUCUCUUUACAACUGGAAGACGCACUACUGUUACCCCUCAGAAACACCCUGUGGUGUCCUCUGCUUUGACCUGACACAGCUUUUUUUGUCUCCUGCCAACAGGAACCAACACUUAAGUGCUUCCUUCCUUUUGAAGACUGAGACCGAAAACGGCCCCGUUUUCAGAUUUGAAGAUGAUGACAUGCCUUCAACACAAAUGCUUAGUUUUCAUAUGGUAGAGAUAUUUGUGAUGUGAGGAAAUAUGACAGUUGUUACAGUGUCAGCAGGUUAUUUUAGUUGUCUAAGGCCUAAAAAUCUGUCUGUAUAGCACCAUGACAUUCACAAGCUACAGUAGCAAAUCUAUGUGUAAUAAAUUCUGUGUGAAGGAAGUUACCACGGCGAUGGUUAUGUAAAAAUUUACCCCACACAGGGCUGAUGUUGGCUUCUUGGGUCUUUUCAUUGAAUUUGUUGACAAUAAGAAAAAUAUAGUAUAGCGUCAGAGUUUUCCUUUAACUUUUCUUUAAACAUAUCAGCACAAAGUAUUUGUCUGACAAUCAGAGAAACGAGUCUGUUUUCCUAUCCCUUUCCUCACCCAAUGAAAUAAACAGGAUCAGCCUG